AUGUUCACCAACAGUGGAUGGAUAUCACAGUUUUGUUCCGCUCACUCCAUAAAGUCUAACCCCUUUGCCCGUAGAAAUCAUGUUGCUAGUCCAGCGGAGGUAAAUAAAGCGCCUGUCAGUCGGCUUUACCAAGCCUUCCGCUCGACUGGCGCUAGGGCACGAGUAACGUUUGCGGGGUGCCCCGUGGAGCCUGGACCCCGCUUUACUGCACCCCGAAGUAGACCCGUUGAAAUGCGGAAAGCCUCUUUGCUCAUGCAGCAGAAUAAAACUGCAAAAACGGGUGGUAGAAUAGCGACGCGGGUGUCGUCUGACGUGCUGUUGACCACUGCAGCGUACGUGGCGUUAUCGGUCUUGAACCGCGUAGUUUACCGGAUGGACUUGCAGAUAAUGUAUUCGUACACAUUUUUCCUCUCACUUUUUGUCACCUUGUGCUACGUGCUGGUUUAUGCCUCUAUUCUCUGGAUACGAGUGCGCAUGCGUAUUGUCCCUAUGACGCAGGUCAAGUGGGCAGUGAAUAACUGGCGUCUGUUCGCCCUCAUUGGGGCACUGGAGGCGCUUACUUUCGUAAUCGGUAUGUUUACUGCUUCUCGGCUUCCCGGUGCUCUGCUUCCAGUACUGAAUCAAGGAAUCCUCAUAUUCAUUGCCUUGGCCUCGUAUGCUCUGCUAGGUCGUCGCUACACGCUCACCCAAAUUUAUGGCAUGCUUGUUGUCCUCGCCGGUGUGCUGAUUUCCAUUGGCCCUCAAACUGUGAACGAAGCAGCUUUGAAUCUCUCUUCGGGAGGCGUAUGGAUGAAUGCGUUUUUAUUCUUCGGAUCCUACGCAUUCGUUGCCUUAGCCGUUGUACUCAAAGAGCGCGUUUUCAAACGAAGUGGCGUGCAACCGGAUCUGUUCAUUGUCAAUACUUUUUCGAGCCUCAUGCAGUUUGCUGCUAUCUCGCUCAUGCUGCCUUUCACAACACCUUUUGCAGCUCGCUUGGCUGAAAGCCCCUCCAUUGGCGAUUACUUUUCUAGUGCACUCAGCACAUUUGCGGGGCGUGAGAGCAGUUGGAUGCCGUGGCUAGCUCUUGCGUACGUUGCUGUGAAUAUUGUAUUCAACAUCACGGGUUUGCGAUUGCUGAAAAUCGCAUCCGCUCUCGACUCCGUGGUUGCAUCGUUGAUUUCUGUGCCGCUAACAACGCUAGUUUUCUGCCUGCCAGUACCGCUGCUGGUCCAGUCUCGUUUUUCGUUUAUGGUCCUGCUCGGUUUAGGCGUGCUCUUAUUUGGAAUAUGGCUCUAUAAUUUGCCGCAAGUCAAGGAACGAGCGGAUGACUAG